GGAAAGGCCCAAUCGCUCACAGGUUGCAGCGCUUCGACCCUCCUCCGGAGUAAUCCACAGCAGCGGUGGGAGCAACAGGGACGGUGGAGACAUGGAGGAGCCGCUACCGAAGCCCGCCCCCUCGGCAGCCGCGGAGGAGGUGGCGGAGCGGUUCAGGUCGCUCGUCGACCCCGAUGAUGUUGCCUCCAUCAGGCAGACGCAGCACCUCAUAAUGGGGCGAUUGCAAGAUAGCAAUGCAGUUCUCACACAUUUUAAUGAGUAUUCCGAACGAUGCUUUGUAGAAGUGUCUGGUGAUUUUGCUAGUAAAACUCGCCUUCUCAAGUCUAUGAAGGCUGAUCUCGACCAUAUUUUCACAAAGCUAAGAGAGAUGAAAGCUAGGUUAGCAGCUACCUAUCCAGACGCUUUCCCUAAUGGUGCAAUGUCAAAGACGAUGGACCAGAGACCAGACCUUGAAAGUCCUUUAGAUUAGUGCGUCUAACAUCAAAAUUCCGCAUAUUAGUGACGACAUCUGUUGUCAUACCAAAGAUUUAUUUAAUUCCUCAUUAGGCUUGAAGCGACAUAUAUCUGUUGCCAAAAAAAAAAAAAAAACGAGUGACCUGUGCUUCCGCAUCUCUGUGUAUUAGAACUGGGCUUAAAUGCUUAAUAUAUCAUCAUCUUUGUUGUG